AUGUUCACGCGGGCUUUGUCGAGCUGCCACACUUUCCAACUAUCUUGUCGCGAUGCCAGCCCUGGAGCUAUACGCUUGCAGCAGACCAUCCACUGGGCAUGCUUCAAGUCUGAGCUUCAGGACACUGGCAAUGUUGCGGAUAAGGUGGCAAUGACCUUAGAGUUCGAGCGCCAAGCCCACAGCUGGGCCAGGUCUCUUCCACCGAGUCUCCGGCCGGCGAUAGACGAUUCCAGCGACGUUACUUUCGACUUUGACGAGAACGGCCAGCUAAGAUUUAUCCUCAGUGGCCAUCUGAUAGACUGCUUGGAACUCAUGUACUGGCCUUAUAUCUACGCCGCUGUGCAUGGCCGACUCGGAGACGACAGGGACUCCCACAUGCUGGCUUCACGAGGUCUCGACUUUUGCGUGCGGAGGAUAAAUAUCAACAAGACAGGAUUCUUUCAUCGACAUCAUGGGACGUGGUUGAUGCUGCAGUCAUGCACACGGAGCGCGCUUGUCUUGAUCGCUGCCGCGUAUGGAGGGCUGCAUGACAAGCUUCCACACGACUGGAAAGCUAGUGUCGAGGACGUAGUGAACCUCUUGAAACAUUGGGUUGAUGAGGUACCUGACUUCAGGAGGAUGAUUGAGAUCCUCGCUAGCCAUGAGUAA